ACGUCAGGCUAGGGUAUGUGAUAUUGACAAAAAAUAAUAUCUUGAUAUUUUUGGUGGAGUUUGUCGAUACCUAUGAUUACAUUUAAUCAAUAAAUUCAAUUAGAAGACACUAUAGGGCUGUUACCAACCAAAUGAAAUCGGUAUCAACAUAAUCCGUCUUUGCAAUGCAGAGGAAACACAGAAACUGCAUCUAAAGUGGCAUGUGACUGUUUAAUGCAGCUCAGAGAUGACAUAAAUGUAUUUAACCUGCAGUUACAAAUGCAUAAAUAAUGUUCUGAUGUUUUAAAAAUAAAACAUGAAUGAUUUUAAAAUUGAAAAGAUAUUUUAAAUAUGAAACUAAACCUGCCUGUAGGUGGCAGCAUGUCAGUAAACGAAACUAAUUAAUUCAGCUGGACUGGACUGAUUCAAAUGGACUGAUUCAUUCAGUAACAAAUCACCGCUGUGUGUUGCUUAGUGACGCAAAACAGUUCUGAUGUGGCUUUGUUUGAAACUAUUUCCGUGAAAUAGAGCAAAACAGGCAAUAUUGUGUCUAAAAUGUCAGUCACUUAAUUGUUUUACACGUAACUGUUGUAUAAAAUUAAUAUCACAUUUCGAGUCGUAUUUUGAAAAACAAAAACAAAAAACAAAACACAGCACUCUUUUUGUGAUUGCUUAACUAUAUCAUAUAAUAUAAAUAAAGCCUGAAUGACAAAUACUCAUUUUUACAGCAUUUUAAUAGAGUAAAUCACCCAGUGAGAGCGUGUACUCUAAAUUCGCAUUUGCAGUAGUCUAACUCUAACCUAAAUCAAAAAGGCUACAACCCGCAGUGUAUGUAUGCCCUCUCUAGGCGUGUCUUUGUUUAGUUUUUGCAAAGUGAGGGACAUACUCGAUAAUGUCAGAUUGCACAUUGUUAAAACAACAAUUACGAUAUUAUUGUAGACAAUAUAUCGCGCACACCUAUCUUACCUGAAUUUAGAUGGGGCAUGAUUAAAUAAGCAAUAUCACACAAGAAAUACUGCCAGUGAUCCAAAUAUGUAAAUCUGUGUUUUUGAAUGAAUCAGUUGAGUGAAUGAGACAAUGACUCACUUAUAAAGAGAGUCAUUUCUGAAACAAUUAUGAUGAAUUUGGAACCACAUACUAACAUACUACUCUUAGUAUUUCUGCCAUAUGAAUUUAUGAUAAAAGUAGUACGAGGAGUAUAUUUGUAUGCAGUUCUAGAAUGAAUCAACUGUAAAUGAUUCAAUGACUCACUCGUAAAUACUCACUUGUUGCCACCUACUGGUUAAAUGAUGUAACCAGCAGAAAGAAUAACGUAAAAAUAAUACUCACCAUAUUAUAUUAUAAUUAGAUUAGAUUAGAUUAGAUUACAAAAAGCCCUAUCUGCUAGAUCAACUUUUUGUGUACCCUGUUGUACAUCUGCAGGCUUUGAUCCUUUGUCAGUGAGAAACCAAGAAAUAUAUGCUGUAAAUUAAAUCUGAAGGCAGUUUGCGUUGAGAUGAAAGAACAAGAGAAUGUGGGAGUGUUUGUAAAUGUCAUCCUUUUAGCAAGGAUCGUCAUCAUCCACCAGUUAACGAGCAAUAUAAGGUGUUGCAAGUCAUUAAACCUAUAAGAUAUUGUGUAUAAGAAGCUCUGCACUAAACUUAAAUUUCUGCACAGGAAAAGUGACAUUUAACAUUUAUUUUACUUUUUCAUGCCGCUAUUUCUAUUUUAUUUAAAAAUGUAUUUUUAUUUUUAAAAAUAGGUGUAUGUGUGUAUGUACUGUAUUUAUUUGAAUGUUUAAAAAUACAUUUAAUUUAAAUUUAAAAAACAUUUAAAAGUCAUAUAUCAGGAAAAGACAUGACCCCAUACUAUACAUCUAUGAAAUUAAUUGUUGUUGUUUUUUUCUUCUCUUUUCUUUCCCCAGCUCGCACUUUCAUCCUAUGGAACCAGACGUCUAGUCCCACCAACUCUACAGGUUUGUUUUGUAAUACUUCGAUUGAUGGCAUUGGGACAUGCUGGCCCAGGAGCAGUGCAGGAGAAGUGGUGUCCCGCCCCUGUCCGGAGACAUUCCUCGGGGUCCGAUACAACACCACCAAUAAUGUGUACAGAGAAUGUCUUGCUAAUGGCACCUGGGCAAAGAAGGGAAACUACUCCCAAUGUCAGGAAAUCCUCAACGAGGAGAAGAAAAGCAAGCUGCAUUACCACAUUGCAGUCAUCAUAAACUACCUGGGACACUGUAUCUCUCUGGGAGCCCUGCUGGUUGCCUUCAUCCUCUUUAUGAGACUCAGGAGUAUCCGGUGUCUGAGAAAUAUCAUCCACUGGAACCUGAUUACGGCAUUUAUCCUGCGAAAUGCCACCUGGUUUGUGGUGCAGCUCACCAUGAAUCCAGAGGUGCAUGAGAGCAAUGUGAUCUGGUGCAGGCUGGUCACAGCAGCAUAUAAUUAUUUCCAUGUGACCAACUUCUUCUGGAUGUUUGGAGAGGGCUGCUAUCUGCAUACAGCCAUAGUACUGACAUACUCCACAGACAAACUGAGGAAAUGGAUGUUCAUCUGUAUAGGUUGGUGUAUUCCAUUCCCCAUUAUCGUCGCAUGGGCCAUUGGCAAGCUGUACUAUGACAAUGAAAAGUGCUGGUUUGGGAAGCGGGCCGGCAUUUACACUGAUUAUAUUUACCAGGGUCCCAUGAUCCUGGUCCUACUGAUUAACUUCAUUUUUCUCUUCAACAUUGUGAGGAUCCUGAUGACUAAACUGAGGGCCUCCACUACCUCAGAGACCAUUCAGUACAGGAAAGCGGUGAAGGCCACACUGGUUCUUCUGCCCCUGCUAGGCAUCACAUACAUGCUGUUCUUCGUCAACCCUGGCGAGGAUGAGAUCUCACAGAUUGUCUUCAUAUACUUCAACUCUUUCCUAGAGUCCUUUCAGGGAUUCUUUGUGUCAGUGUUCUACUGCUUUUUGAACAGUGAGGUUCGCUCAGCCGUUCGUAAACGAUGGCAUCGCUGGCAGGAUAAGCACUCCAUUCGGGCACGGGUGGCGCGGGCCAUGUCUAUUCCCACCUCUCCAACGAGGGUCAGUUUCCACAGCAUCAAGCAGUCGUCGGCCGUCUGACCUUAACAGAAGCGAAGCGCCCGUCCCCGUUUCUUCUGCUUCUGCUCUUUCUGUCCUCAGCUAAUCAUCAAUGUCCUCUGCAAAACCCAGGGAUAACAGCUAUGGGCCAAACAGGGUAUGAUCCUCAGCUGAAACAUAGAUGAAGGGUGGAAAAUACACAAACAAAAAGGUCCACCUGCCGAACACCGUGAAGAAGAAUCAGAAACAGAUUAGAGCAUCGGUGGUCUCAGACAAUGAUGGGAGACUGUGGGAGGAAUCUGACACACACAAAAAAAGGUCAAUAAAUACAGACAGAGUGUAUUUAUUCAAUAGAUAAAGUUAUAUGUCGCAUUA